GAUGACGGGUUUAAUCUCUUCUCUCUUUUUCUCUCUCUCUCUCGCUUUCUGUCUGUCUGCAGUCAGUCCUUUGUAUAAUUUGAUCACGAGCUAGUUUAGUGCUGGAGUGUGUUCUGAGCUACAGUAAGAAAACAAGAGCACAAGAUUUUUUUGUUUGCUUUUUUCCAGAUCGCGAGAGAUUAGCUGGUGUCUCUCUCUCUCUCUCUCUAUUUUGCACAGCAUUCUCUUUGUGAGUAAAAAGGAACGCGGAGAAGCGAAACCAAAUGACUAAUACGAGCAGUGAUAUUCUAGCUUUCUAGAUCUCACGCUGCGUUUUUUUUAUUAUUAUAAAUUUUGUUUUGAAUUUAAGUCCUGGUCCUCUGGAGAGCGCGUGGAGAUUUGACUGAAUGGGAUGGUUUUAGUGACGUCUUGGCGCUCUCUCCUUGGCUGUUGGCGAAGUGCGCGUGAGACUCACAGCUGCAUUACAUCAGUGCUCAGUGUGAGCUCGUGCGCGCCGCAGAAACGGAGUCCGGUGUACGGCGGGGAAGGCUGCGGGAUCUGAACAGGUCCCGGUGAAUGAUUGUCGGGACGCGUUCAUGGCACGACACUUUGAGAGUAUCUAAACUUGCACAGAGGAGCUCGUGCAGCGACAGGCUACAGGUUCCGACGUCUCCAUGGCUGAGACAACAUCCACCGAGCCUCUGUCCAGUCUAGACGUGGCCAUAGACCCGGACUUUGAGCCUCAGAAGCGCCCGAGGUCAUGCACUUGGCCGCUGCCGGAGUCCAGCUUGGCGAAACCAGAGGCCAAAGACACGUACAUCAUCCCGGAGGAAGAGGAUGAUGAAGAGACUGCAAUGGCUGUCAGCGCGAACGGAGACGACGGCAGGCCCGAUGGGCUGAGCUCGAGUGGGGAUCAGGAUCAGGAUCAUGCGGGAUCGCAGAGCCAGGUCGAGGCUGCAGCGCGCGCAGCUGAGGUGAACGGACAGGGGGUGCAGCAGCAAACCCCACGCAAGUCUUCAUCUCGCAGGAACGCCUGGGGUAACCUGUCCUACGCAGAUCUUAUCACAAAAGCCAUAGAGAGCACGCCGGACAAAAGACUGACCCUCUCCCAGAUUUACGACUGGAUGGUCAGAAAUGUCAGCUAUUUCAAAGACAAAGGAGACAGCAACAGCUCUGCUGGCUGGAAGAAUUCCAUCCGCCACAACCUGUCCCUGCACAGCCGUUUUGUCCGUGUCCAGAAUGAGGGAACUGGAAAGAGCUCAUGGUGGAUGAUAAAUCCCGAAGGCGGGAGGGGAGGCAAGGCACCACGUCGUCGUGCGGUCUCCAUGGACAAUGGAAACAAGUACACCAAGGGUGCGCGAGGACGUGCAGCUAAAAAGAAGGCAGCAUUACAGGCUGCCCAGGAGGGAUCGCUGGAGAAUGUGUCUGCUGGGGGUUUGUCCAAAUGGCCGGGUAGUCCUACGUCACGGAGCAGCGAUGAACUGGACUCCUGCUGGACUGACUUUCGUUCACGAACGAACUCCAAUGCUAGCACAAUAAGUGGCCGCCUGUCACCAAUCCUCGCCAAUCCAGAGUUGGAUGAGGUUCCAGACGAUGAAUUAGGCCCACCUCUCUCCCCAAUGCUCUACUCGAGUUCCAGCAGCCUUUCUCCUCCAUCUUCAUCCUCCUCAAACUCCAAACCGUGCGCAGCUGAGCUUCCACGACUAGGCAAAAUGAACCUCAAUGAUGGGCUAACUGACAACCUUAUGGAUGACCUGUUGGACAACAUAACACUUGUACCUUCCACACAGGCAGGUCAAGAUGGCUCAACUUUCACUUUUGGGAGCACCACUUCCUCUCCAGGCUCCUCCUCUUCCUCAUCCAACGGUGCCAGUAGUAGUGGAGGGUUCGGUAAUUCCAUUUUUGGUCCCUCCACUGGAGCGUUACGUCAGACGCCCAUGCAGACCAUCCAGGAGAACAAGCAAGCGUCUUUCUCCAGCAUUUCUCGUUUUGGGAACACCACCCUUCAGGAGCUGCUUAACUCUGAGUCUCUAGGUUCCCACAACCAUAGUGAUGUCAUGAUGACACAGUCUGACCCGCUCAUAUCACAAACCAGUGCAGCCGUUGCUUCUCAGAGUUCCCGUCUUCGCAAUGGCCUCAUGCACCCCAAAGACCCUAUGAUGUCAUCAUUCAGCUCUGGGUUUAAAGGUCAGAGCAGCCUUCUCCAGAACAACAGACAUCAUCAGGCCACCAAUGCCCAAGGAUCACUGCACUCGCUCCCCAAAAAUGGUCACCCAAGCCUGGCCAACGAGAUAAAUAACGUAGUAUCUGCCAAGCAGCAUCUCCAGCAGCACUCGUCCAUGUUGCUGAGUGAGGCUUCUGUUUACUCUGGGUUGAAUGGCAGUAACGGAAUGGGGAUUUCAGGAACAGAACGCUUUCCCACAGACCUGGAUUUGGACAUAUUCAAUGGGAGUCUUGACUGUGAUGUGGAUUCCAUAAUCCGCUCAGACCUAAUGGACGCUGAUGGUCUAGACUUUAACUUUGAUGCUUUGGUGCAAAAUGGCGUCAGCCUGAACCCUGUUGGCAGCUUCAAUGGGACAACACAGUCUAGUCAAAGCUGGGUGCCGGGCUGAAAGUGGUUCCAAAGGCCUCAAUCUGCAUUGCAAAAAAAAAAACCCACAGACAAAUUUCCCUCCAUCACAGACUCAUGCCAUCCAUUGCCAAGCCUGCCGCCAGCAACAUGCACUGGAACCUUCGCCUGUUUACAGUCUACAGCUCCGGAGAACCUUUACCUUCAACGCAGGAAACACGCCAUCCUGAAUAAACAACUGUACACAGGACCCUUACAGGAGUCUCAACCAGCUCCCUUAUGGAAAAAAAAAUGACUAAAAAUUCCACACCUAUUUCAGAUACCACCCCUCCAGCCAAAAAAAUAAAUAAAUAAUCAACCAUUAAUCAACAUAAUGCCUAGCUCAGGGUAUUAAAAAAAUUUCAUGGGCUAUGGAAAAGAUUUUCUGGUUUGUUGUGAGAUGUCAUGUUCAAGCACUUAAUCAAAACGAGAAUAAUUGUUCUAAUUAAUUGGGGGCAAAGGUCACGAGUCUAUAUAUAUAUAUAUAUAUAUAUAUAUAUAUAUAUAUAUAUAUAUAUAUAUAUAUAUAUAUAUAUAUACACAACCCUUGCAAAUUUUAAAGAAGAGUGAGGGAUGUUCUGACUUGGUGCACUUUGGAUAGAGUUUAAUCAGUUUCUAAUUUGAAGUAGUAGCCUAAUAUCAGAGAACUGAAGUAAUACCUUAUUGUAGCACAAUAUGAUAAGAGAAAUUACUUAUUGUUUGUUUGUACUGUAUGUAAUUAUUGAGAAAAAAAAAGAAAAAGAAAGUUUGCUCAGUUGUAAAUGCUUAGCUGGUGGAAGAAUAUUCUUUAGCUAAUAGUAAUGCAGUGUCUGGGCUACACCAUAUCCGUGUAGCCAAAUGAAUGAGUUGUGAACAUUUCCAUGCCAUACCCGGUGCUAAAUAAUCAGUGUUGGGGCCUGUGCUUUACAGAGGCCAUGUGUGUUCCCAAGCCUUGAAGGACUGAGCGUAAACAAUUAGCAUAGCUUAUGGCAGCAUUCAGUGGUGGGUAGGCUUUUAUUCGUGGAAGCCAUCUUUACUGAGCAAAAACAAUAAGCUAUCAUUUGUAUAUUUGCCAAAUUACUUGAACAUGUUGGAGAUGCCGGUAGCCAAAAGUUUAGAUAGUUGAAUUUAGAGACAUCAUAGAGUCUCUAUAUGCAAACUUCAUCACCGUGGCUCAGGGUUGAAAGGGGAUAAAAAGAAAAAAAAACAUUUCAGGUCCCCGUUUAGUUCUAACUGCAACCUGGUUGUAUACAAUUUCUUGACCAUAAGAAAUGUUAAGGGAAUGUGUGCAUUUAUAUAUAAGCAGCAAACUUCUUAAAAAAUAAAAAAAAAAUUUCUUGCUGGUUUCAGGGUGGGUUCGUUGUUGUUGUUUUUUUUUUUUUUUUUUUUUUCUUGAGAUUUCUUUUCGGUAAAAAAAAAAAAAAACACUCUGCUUUUAUUACAAUUGUAUAAAUCCGACGAAGUCCCCAGUGUUCUGUUUGUGUUCUGUCGUCUCCUUCCACUAUGCAUGUAUGUAACUGUGCAUAUGCAUCGUGUGAAAUAUGUAAAAAAAAAACAAAAAAAAAAACAUCCUGCUUAAAGAGAAAAGUCAUGUAAUGUUGUGAUGGCACAGUUUUUUUUUUUAAUAUAUGAAGUAUUGAGAAUAGUAUGGGGAUGAAUUUUUUUUUUUUUUUUUGGUCAGAGGGGUUCGGACCACUCGUGGGGAGGAGUUAGGUCGAGAUUAUAUAUAUAUAUAUAUAUAUAUAUAUAUAUAUAUAUAUAUAUAUAUAUAUAUAUAUAUAUAUAAAACAGACCCCGCCUUCAAAUACACAAACUACAGGUGCUGUGUAGGUGUAAUAGACAUUUUUAUCUCUGCACACAAACACCAAUCCACAGAGUCAUGGGCCUCAUUUAUCAAUCUUUUCACUGCCACGUUUACGAAAAUAUGUUCGUAUAACGCCGAUUUCCUUCGAUCGAGCGUAUGUCGAUAAAUCCCAAUCGCACGUAAUGCGUGAAGCAUGUUCAGAUGAUUUCUAUUUAAACCCGGGAAUAAGGGAAGGGUCACUGAGAGCUAAACGAGGAGAAGGAAAGAAGAGGAACUUCUCCGAUGACUCAUACUGACACAAUUUCAUUCUUCAGCAUCUGAAAAGGUUCACUGGAGGCUGAGAUAUAACAGCAGAUAGGUCACUUACUGGACGUUAAUGCACCAGUCUAAAUAUUAGCUUUCAUUCUCUGAAAACAAUUCUCUAAAUGUCCAUUCCCUCCUCAGCACUGGGUUUCCAGUAGCCUCAUGCUAGCCUGAGUAGCUACUGGUAGCUGAGUGUGCCCUUUUUUUUUUUUUUUUACUUUAUGGCUUGUUAUUAAUAUGGAAAAAACACCUAUAUAAAUAUAAAUCUUUGGUUCAUAUCCAGCUUGAUAAAUGAGGCCCAUUGUCCAGAAAAAUCCCCUAAGCCAUGCCUAACAUUCAGGAUACACACAAAAAAAUUUUUUUAUUGGCCCUUGUUUUUCAGAACAACUUUGCAUGUGGUUCUUCUUCACUUUCUUAUUCUUUUUCUUCUUUUUAUUUUUUUAAAAGAGGUAGGGAACAGUUAGAGGAGUUCCCGCCCACCUCACUAUGUUCCAUGGGAAUGCUAGUUAUCCCGCUAGUUGACCUCCAUGUAUAAUAUCCUCCUGAAUCAAAGGUGUUGUAUGUCCAGGCUGAGAAUCCGAAAUGAGUACCACUAUUCUAAUCUCUUCCUGACUUUCAUGCCCCCCUCCAUCUAUUAUCGUUGACCCCUUGACCCUGUAGUAAUGACUUCUCUUCUUGAUGUUAGUGGGUAUUUUUUGCCUGUGUACUCCAUUUUGAAUUGCAAUUUAGUUUGUAUAAAAUUGGUGCGCAUGUAAAUAAAGCUUGAUUGAGCUGUA